AUGAAUAGAUACUAUCUUGGCAUUGAUCUAGGUACAACAUACUGUUGCAUCUAUUACUAUGAUGAGAAAAAACAUGUAGCAGAAGCAAUUAAAGAUCAAGAUUCUUCACAAAUUGCAUCUUAUGUUAGCUAUAACAAAGAUGAUGUUGUUUAUGGUUCAGUAGCCCAAAACCAAGUUAUGAACAAUCCAGAAAACACAGUUUACGACUCUAAAAGAAUGAUUGGCAAGAAAUUUAGUAACCCAGAUUUCCAAAUAGAUAGGCAAAACUGGCCCUUCAAUACAUCACAAGCCGAUGAUGAUUCAAUUCGUAUUAAUGUUAGUGCUCGUGGCAAAAAAUUAAAUCUUAGACCAGAAGAAGUCUCAGGAAACAUCCUUAGAUACUUAAAAGCGACGGCCGAAAAGGUAAUUGGUGAAUGUUCUGAUGUUGUUAUUACAAUUCCUGCUUCUUUUGAUGAAAUUCAGAGAGAAAAGACAAUUUUCGCCGCAAAAGAGAUCGCUGGCUUCAAGAAUGUUGCUCUUCUUGAUGAACCAUCAGCUGCUGCUUUAGAAUACGCCCAAAACCUUCCUCCAAACUCCGAAGAAAAAGUUUUAAUUUUCGAUUUCGGAGGCGGCACAUUAGAUAUUUCUAUUGUAGAGAUAAGCAGGAACAAAUGCAAAGUACUCAAAACGAAGGGCAAUCCGCACUUCGGAGGCCAAGAUAUUGACAAAAUCCUUGUUGACAAAUUCAAAGCUGAUUUCGAGAAGAAGAACAGAGUAACUAUCGACCCAUAUACACUACAAGGCCAAAGAGCAUUGCUAAGCCUCAAAAUGGAGUGCGAGCAACUGAAAAAGAAUUUAUCCCAAAAAUUGAGAUGCGAAAUCAAACAUCCUAAGCUUUUCAAUGGAUACGAUCUCGAGGGAACUCUCUCCAGGAAGCAAUUCGAGAUCUGCAUCGGUAAUAUUUUAACUGAAUCUUUGAAUAUGGUCAUAGAAACGAUCAAAGAAGUCAAUCUUACUCGUGAUAACAUUUCACAGAUCAUAUUAGUUGGAGGUUCAUCACAAAUCCCUGCUGUUGCAGAUAAUCUUAAGAAUUAUUUCAAGAUUUCGCCAAUAAACUCAAUACAACCACUGGAAGCUGUUGCAAAAGGUGCCUGUUUGCAAUGCUUCAACAUCCAUAAGGCCCAUGGUUUCGAUCCAAAUUUCUCAGAAACAGGAAUCGAAGAAAUUGAUCCGAAUGAUUCAUCCGCAACGAUGUCUUCCGAUUCAACUCCUCCUCCUAUUCAGCGGAAAAAGACAUUUACUUCUCCUGUCUUGGCUGAUAAUCCAGAACCAGAAGCACCAAAACCGAAACCACAACCACAAAAUAAAACAAAGAGUUCUGAUUCAGAAGACAUUGAAGAAAAUCCAUCAACACAAAGAAGAACUAGACGUAGAAAUUGGAAUGAAAGUUCCUCAGAUUCAGGCGAAGAACAUCCAAAACCAAAACCAAAACCGAAGCCAAUAUCUGAAUCAGAUUCAGAUGAAGUUGAAAAACCAAAGCCGGCACCACCAAGUAUUCAAGGACAUCAAAUCAAACUUGUUGAAAAAGUCAAUUUGUCAUUUGGUGUCAGAAUUCAAGAUGACAAGUUUUCGAAGAUCAUUGACAGCGGAAUGAAAAUUCCAGCGAAGAAUUCGAGAACAUUUACGACAACUGUUGAUUACCAGGAAUAUAUUGAUGUCGCAAUUUUCCAGGGUGAAAGUGAAAAUGCUCUUGAAAACAGAUUCAUCGGAAUGAUCACAAUUAACGAUAUUCCAAAGAGAAAGAAAGGAGAAGUUGAUGCAAUUCUUGAGUUAUCAAUCGAUAGAAGUGGAAUUUUAACACUCAAUGCUUCGAUUGAUAACAAGAAAGUUCAAUACGUUUUCAACAAAGAACUCGGUGCAAAUGAACAAGAAAUGUCGGAAAUCAGAUCAAAUCUCGAAGUCAUUAGAGAUCCAAUGGAAGAAUUCAACAGGCUUUCAUCAAGAAUCACUGGUUUAAAUGAGAAAUUAAGGGCGAAAUACAGAAAAGAAAGAAACAACCCACAAUGUAUCAAACUAAGAAAGAGAGUUGAAGAAUUACUUGAUAAUAUUCAGUUUGAUGAAGCUCCUUCUCAGGAUGAAAUAAAACAAUUGGUCCAACAAAUGCAAGAGGCAAUUCGCGAUAUCUACACAGCUUUCCCUAAUAUCGAUGAAUAA